AUGGACGACAAGACACAGGCGCUCGAGAACUAUAUCCGAGGCCACGCCUACACCCGAGCCAUAGCGUUGGCCCGCAAGGAGUUCCCCGACGACGUCGUGGGACUGGAGCUCAAAUUCGCGGAAUGGCUGCUAACCGAUGCCAACGACCCGUCCGGUGCUGUCAACCACUUCAUCGAAUCGGGCCGAACGGACAGAGCCCUGGAGGCGGCCAUUCAGGCCCAGCAGUACGACCGGGCCGUCGAGAUCGCCGCCAUUUUGGACACAAUUCCGGCGCAUUUCGGCAAAAAGAUUGGCGCGUAUUUCGCGGCCAAAGACCAGACGGACACCGCUGUGGAGGUGUACCUCAACUCCGGGUGCAUUCGCGAGGCCAUAGCGCUGCUGAACUCUGUGGGCCAGUACUCCCGCGCCUAUAAGUUGGCGCGAAAACUGAUGGACCCCUCGGAGGCCAAAGAGAUGUACGAAUCGAUCGCCAAAUCGCUGGAAACGGACGGCAAAUACAAAGAGGCGGAGAGGAUAUACAUCACCAGCGAUGACGUCGACUCAGCCAUCAGUAUGUAUAAGACGGCCAAACAGUACGAACCGAUGAUACGACUCGUCAAACAGUAUCAUCCGGAUCUCCUCACCGACACUCACCUCCAUUUGGCUAAAGAGUUGGAAAACGAGGGAUCCCUCCAUCAGGCGGAGAGUCAUUACGUGUCGGCCCAGGAGUGGAAGAGUGCGGUCCAGAUGUACACCAACGCCGCCCACUGGGAGGAGGCCUAUCGGGUCUCGCGAGCCAACGGCGGCCUAAACGCCGCCAAACAAGUGGCCUAUCGAUGGGCGCAGAGUCUGUCCUCAGCGGACGCCGCCGUCAAACUUCUGACCCGCUUCGGUCUUCUGUCACAAGUGGUCGACACAGCUGUCGAGGCAAAUGACUACGAGUUCGCCACCGCUUUGGUCACCGAAUCGGGUCCAGAGCUCAGGCAUAAGGCGACGGAAGUGCGGCUGAAGUACGCCCUAUGGCUGGAGGACGAGAAGCGCUGGUCUGACGCCGAGCGCCUGUACUGCGAGGCCAACAAACCCAAGGAGGCGGUGCUCAUGUACUUACAUACCGGCGCUUUCGACGACGCGCUCCGUGUGGCCGAAGAGGCCAUGAAUGACGAGGAAGUGGUGAGGGAUGUGUUGACAGCGCAGGCGAGGACUAUACUGGAGAGGGGAAGGCGUGGUGUGGACGACAUGAACCGAGCGGAACACCUGCUGCUGAGGGCCGGGAGGAUCGAAGUGGCCGUUAAGGUGUAUAAGGAGAACGACAUGUGGGAGGAGGCGCUGCGGGUGUGCGAGCAGUUCGCCCCCCAUCUCAUCGAUUCGGUGAAGAGGGAAAUGAUUUCGUCGAAUAGCGACCACUAUAUCCUCAGCGGAACCACUACUCCGGGCGCCAGCAGACCGUCGACCCAUCACUCAGACCUGUCGGCGCCGACGCCUAUGCUGUCCAACGAUAAGUCAGAUCUGCGACAGAGUCUGAAGAUAGCGAAACAGAACGGCGACAAAGAGUCGACGGUUCGGAUCGCUCUCCUGUUGGCCACUCAGCUCGUGAGGGAGAGGUCUUCGGCGGACGCGCUGACGGUUCUCAACGAAAACAACGCCGUCUUCGUUAUGCCUGAAACUCGCAAAAUAGUCGUCCGAAUCGGCGCCGAUUUGCUGGCCUUCGAGACCAACUCCGGUGACGUCGACGUGAGCUCUUGGAAACAGUUACGCGAUUCGCUGCUCCAAGUGAUGGCCUCUUCGGGCAGCGACUCUGAGCUGGACGUCAUCGAGAGGUACCUAUUGGUCACCCAUUGGUAUACUCUGCGGACGAUACUGAAGGCAAUGGACGGCCAGUCGAACGCCACGGAACUCGUGACGAAGAUCACCAUAUCGUUGCUCCGGUACACAGAUGUGCUGCGCGUCGAUAAGGCCUUCUACGAGGCGGGACUGGUAGCCAAAGACAGCGGUCGACUCGAGAUGGCGUUCGUCUUCUGGAACCACUUCUUGGAUUUGGUGGACGCCAUCGACGACGGAGACAAUAACGUCGAUCACUCGGACUUUGUCGACACCGACAUCCCCUUCGAGGUGCCCCUCCCGGCCCACGUGUUCGCCACCGACUCCUCCCAAGACAUACGCGAAGAAGUCAAGAGUUGGAUCCUCGAGGUGUCGAUGGAUUCGCACGUUUCGCAGUCACUGCCGGUCGAUGCGCUCCGGGAGGGAGACGUAUAUGAGGCGAGUCUCGUGAACGCCGACUCCACCCGAUGUCUGCCCUGUUUGGUGACCGGCUAUCCC